AUGCAAAGGCAUACGGAGAUUGCUGAAUGGGUCGAGGGUACCACCCCAGCUUUCUUUGCUGCACGAUCUGAUGCCAUGGAUGAACUUCAAGGUCUUGAGGUUGGGUUGAACUACCUGGAUCGGCAUAACAGAAUAUAUGAGGAAAGUACUGACAGUGUCGAGGAAGCUGUCGGCGCUGAUGAACACAUAUGGCCUCCGAUGACCUUUGAUCGGGCCUCAAAUGAUCUUGAGAGCGACUCAUUUGACGAACUGCCAGAGACAACGCCCAUUUUCAUCACCUAUCUGAGGUCUUUAAUACCAACUGGGACAGGCCGUACGGAGUGUGCAUCUUGCUCCUGGCAAUUCGACAGCGACCUCGGUCUUGAUUACAUCAGGAGCCACUUCAGAGACUGCUAUUUGAAGGGCCUUGACAUGGCUGAAGAAAACGUGGUGGAAAUUGAGCCGCAAGAAAUUACCGACAAAUGGCGAAGUUGCUGUUCAGAUGAUCAAGCAGACUGCGAGCGACUACAGGUUUACAUGCCGAGCAUUGAUGGCUUCGUGGACCAGCUGAGGACUCUUUGCAAUGGCCGACUGGUCUGCAUCGACCCAAAGUGUAAGGCUGCUCAACCUUUUGAUGCCGCCGUGGAUAACCUUCGCGUCCACUAUCAAGUCUAUCAUGAUGGCCGUUUUUUGCCACACGAAGACACUGGAGACUUAUUGGAUGUUACAAGUCACCUUGCCUUACAGGCAUGGAAGAUCGAACGACUCUUCGCCAAAGCCCAAGCUCUCAGUGACAAAUGGGUUUCAAUGGACAAUAAAGCCAGGGAUAUGGCGAAAGAACGCUGCAGGUGGUCUCUGGAACGCGAGUGCUCAGCCUACGGCCGAUUUCAAGAGAUGCAACAGUUCGGGGUUCUCAAGGAUCUGAAUAAAGUGUUCCGGUCACGCUAUCGACAAUUCCACCGACUUGUAUCAAAGUCAUCUUCGACGGACCUGGCCUUAUUCACCAACGGGCUGAGAGAGAAGUAUCCGAAACACAAAGAUUUGCGCCGGCUGGGAACGCGCAUAUUCAAGCGGGUCUUGCAGGGAAGUUCUCCGACUACCUUACUGGAGGUAUUCGCCUUCAUCAGCUUAUCCCAAGCUAUGGCUACUGUUAUGAAACGUCGGGGCAUACAAGUCGACUUGAGUCCCGGAACAAUCGACUACCAUGCCUGGAGGGCCUGUAUCGAGGAUGAGGCAGACCAACGCCUUUAUGACCAAAUUCUCAUUGCAUGGUUUCAUCCUCGCUGGCGAGAAGAACUUCAUUCCGGUGGGACCAACCAAACCCCUUUCUCGGUACAAGAAGCGAUGGAGAGGCUUGUUCUUCAGGUGAUGCAGGCAAAGCAAACCAAUGGGGCCUUCAGGUUUUCGGCAUUCCUAAGGCUCGACUCCUCCCUUAAAAAACAAGCACAUCAAGAGUCGACUUGCACAUUGCGGGAUGACGACCACGAGCCCCCCGGUUCUCCAGCCGACACCCACACGGGCAAAGAAGCGAAGGAUGAUCCAGGAGGAAGCGGUACUGGGGCGUUGAUAAAUACCAUCAUAUUCAUCGGAGUAUGGCUGUUCAUGAUAUACAUCUCCGCACUUGGGGUGGCUUUGCUAUACUUGGGCAAUCCGGAACACUGCCACUUGAUCACUAGGGACGGUGAAGAACACGUGGCGUCUGCCCGCAAUGUUGUGUUGGCAGUCGAGAAGAUGAAGGACAGGAUCAUUGACCGUCUUCGCCGACAUCCGAGCAUCACAGUCCUGGACGGCAUUGUAAAGGGCGUAGACGAGGUGUUGGACGGGGGUUAUGUCUGGUCUGUGUCAGAUCUCCACAUUUGCUUGGAACAAGCGGUGCAGAACCACGUUGAGGAACCUGGCCUACGCUCGCUGCUGUACACUGAGAUAAGACGCUGGUGUAAAGAAGCUCUGAACUGGGUUGAGCCAAUCUGUGAGAGGCAUCGUGGUGGAUGUAUGUUUGUACCAGUUGCACUUUGA